AUGGGUGAUCUUGAUUACUUCUUGGGAUUGGAAAAUGUUCGACGAGACAAGGACAUCAUUCUUUCGCAACAAAUAUAUAUUCGUGAACUACUUGAAAAGGCAGGUCAUUCUGGUUCCAAACCGAAUGACAGUCUGAUAUUUUUUGACCCGGUUAAAUAUCGUCAACUUGUUGGUGCACUACAAUAUGCUACCUUGUCAAGACUAGAUAUCACCUUUGCUGUUAAUCGUGUAUGUCAGUUCAUGCACUCUCCCACUGAAAACCAUUGGAGUGCUGUAAAACGUAUCUUAAGAUAUCUUCAAGGCACAACUCAUUAUGGUCUACUCAUUCGUCAUGAUUCAACCUCUGUUUUACAUGCCUUCACUGAUACUAGUUGGAACCAUCUGUCUGCCUAUUCUGAUGCGGAUUGGGGCUAUAUGGAAGAUAUCAAGAACCAAUUGUUGCAAAAACAACUAUGUCAAUGUUUUUCCCUUCCAGAGAUUCGGGCAGCCACCAAUGAAUUUGAUGAUGAAUUGGUUAUAGGUCAAGGUGGAUUUGGGAAAGUUUAUAAAGGUUCCAUAAAAUUGGGAGCUACAUGUGCUCCUGCUGCCGUCAAGCGGUUGCAUACUAAUUCAAAUCAAGGUGCCAAGGAAUUUUGGGUUGAAGUUGAGAUGCUUUCUAAGUUGCGGCACUGUAAUUUAGCAUCUUUAUUUGGGUAUUGUAAUGAUGGAAAAGAAAUGAUCCUUGUGUAUGAGUAUUUGCCUCAGGGGACACUUGAAGGUUGUCUUUACAAGUCUGGCACAUCUCUCACGUGGUUGCAACGGCUAAAUAUAUGUAUAGGGGCCGCUCGAGGAUUAGAUUAUCUUCACACAGGCACAGGCACAAAACAUGGAAUCAUACAUCGAGAUGUGAAGAGUUCCAAUAUAUUGUUAGAUGAGAAUUAUGCAGCUAAGAUAUCUGAUUUCGGGCUGGCCAAAGUAGGCCCGGCCAAUCAGACCCAUACGUUUGUGAGCACGGGAGUGAAAGGGACAUUUGGGUAUAUGGAUCCAACGUAUUUCUAUACGAACAAAUUAACUAGAAAAUCUGAUGUUUAUGCAUUUGGGGUUGUAUUGUUUGAGGUCUUAUGUGGGCGUCCGGCUGUGGACACAAGUCUUGAUGAAGAGCAAUGGGGUUUAGCAUCAUGGGCUCAAGAUUGUGUAAGAGAAGGAAAACUGUCACAGAUUGUUGAUUCUAGUUUGAGGGGGCAGAUAUCGACCAAUAGUUUGGAGAUAUUCACACAAAUUGCAGUAACUUGCUUGCAUAGUCGUCCAAAUCAGCGGCCUACUAUGGCUGAAGUCAUAACAAAACUUGAGUUUGUUAUGUCUCAACAGAUGAAGAUGGAUCCUUCUUCUAUAGAAAGUAAAUUGCAAAAGAAGGUAUGGUUUUCCUUAUCUGCAGGAGUUAUGAAAUUCAGCAAUUUGAUGACAUCUUGUUUGGUAGCAAGCGAAUCAGUUGAUGUUAAUGUUAAAAAAGAAAAAAAGAAAAAGAAAAAAAAGAAACUGCUCACUGCAUCAGCCAAGUUUCUCAAUGAAAAUCCUUACUGGAGAACGCAUGUAGCAUAUCUUUCUGAUGGUAUUCAAGUGAUUGUAAAACGCAUAUUAACUCAACUAAGCCAAAAGAAGUUUGUCACUGUUGUUUCUGCUCUUGGAAAGAUCCGUCACCCAAAUGUGUUGGAUCUCAAGGCCUAUUAUUGGGGAAGAGGAGAUGCAUUGUGUGUUUACAAAUUUACACCCAACUGGAACGUUGCAUCUCUACUACUAUCCCAGAAUCAAGGUGGAUCACCCACAACUUUCGAUUGGCAACUAAGGUUUAACAUUAUUAUCGGUAUCACAAGAGGCCUUUUUUACCUUCACUUCCAUGAGGGAAUAGUUCAUGGAGAUCUUAAGUUGAAUAUGAUAUUGCUUGAUGAGAAAUAUAAUCCCAUGAUCGCUAAUGUUGGCCUCUUGCAUUUAUUGCCAGCCACACCACAGAGGCUCAGAAACAAUUGUGCACCAGAAUACACAGGAUCAGUGAAUGCUACAACAGAGAUUGAUGUAUAUAGCGUCGGCAUAAUAAUGUUAGAGCUUUUGACAGGAUUGUCUACACAGAAAGAUGUACAUCCAGUUGAUUUGCCGACAUGGGUUAAGUCAGUACCUCAAGAGAAGUGGUCUACUGAAGCAUUUGACACGAAUCUCAGAAAGGAGAAUUUGGAAACACACCAUGUGAUGAUCAAGAUACUGUCAGUAUCUCUUCAGUGUGUUGAGUAUGAUCCUAAGGCCAGGCCAACAAUUCAGGACGUUCUUGAAAUAUUGGAACAGAUAGAGGUAUAG